CUUCAACAACUAGGAAGAUGGCUUCACGCGACGGGCCAGCCAUUAUUCCUCAUUUCACCCCCGCCCUACCAUCCAUCGACAUGGACCCGUGGUGCGCAAUGGAGUCGCCCAAGGUGGCGCCCGCGAACAAAGGCCCCGCUGCAACGACUCUCGCACCGCGUGUCCGACGCACCUUGCCCCUCCUUGGCAGCGUCGCAUGCUUUCGAACGCUGCCACAACUGGCCGUCUACACCGAGAAGCACCAAGCGCUGGCGUUUCUCGAUACGUGUCUUCGCGGUGUCGGUCAAUGCAACUUUCAAAACUCACCGCUCUCGGGGCUUCUCUUCCUCGUCGCGCUCGGCCUGUCGACCCAAGGGCUGCGCAUGGUUGCCUUUGCACUGCUCGGCGUUGUGUCAGCGACAGCCUUCUCGUGCCUCAUGGGCCUGGACCGAAAUUUGCGCGCCGCCGGUCUCCACGGGUACAACGCGACGCUGGUCGGGUGUGCGGUGCACACGUUCUUCACGGGUGAUGCGUACGGCGUAGCGAGCCUCGUCAUUGUACUCCUAUCAAUUCUCAGCGUGCUCUUGGCGACGGCGACGGCUUCGGCACUGCCGCCCGGCCUUCCAACCCUCACGUUUCCCUUUCAAGUGUCGAUCUGGAUCUACGCGCUCUCGACGCAGCUCUACCCGAGUCUUCAAACCAUGGCGUUUCCAGCACCCCGCCUCGUGCUCAACUCGACGCUCUCGACUGCGUCCUACGACUCGGCUGCGAUCGCCCAAGCCGUUUUCUCUGGGAUUGCCGAGACCUUCCUCGUCGGCGACUGGUUCCCGGGUGUCGUCAUGCUGCUAGGUAUUUUCCUUUGCUCGCCCAUGAGCGCAGUCGCUGCGCUCCUCGCGUCAACGGCCGUGACGCUACUCGCCGUCGCCAUGCAGGCACCGAGCGCGGGGCUUCUCCUCGGCUUGCACGGCUACAACCCCGUACUGAAUGCGAUCGCGCUCUCUGGCUUCUUCCUUGCGCCGCGCCAUUGGCGAACGCUCGUGCUGGUGACGGCCUGCGUCGGCGCAACGUUCCUCUUCAACUGCGCGACGAGCUCGGUGUUUACGAUUUUGGCGCUCCCGGUGCUCACGUGGCCCUUCACCAUCAUGACGUGGGUCGGCCUCUUGGCGUCGCAGUCGAUGCCUGACCUCUCGCGCAUGCCACUCGCCGACCUCACGACGCCCGAAGACCACUACGAGGCGCUGCAUCGCUUACCCAAUGAGAGCGCCGCUUAAUUGAAAUGCGUACUUGCGUGUCGUUUAACUUGAACGUGUAAAUGAAUAGUAGAAGUAUGUUUAGCCUC